AUGGGAGAGGAGGAGCUGCCAACUACCCAGACAGGUCCCAAGGGGGUGAUCAAUGAUUGGAGGAAGUUUAAACUGGAGAGCGUGGACCAGGACUCCCUGCCCCCCAGCAAGCGAGAGCUACUCCGGCAGAUGUCCACGCAGAAGCCCAAGGAGGGAGGGCAGGACAGAGGACAUCGCAAGAUGAGCACACAGGAGUACGAGCUAAUCAAGGAGGAGGAUGAAAAACACCUGCGAAAAUACCGCAAGCAGUGCAUGCAGGAGAUGCGGGAGCGCCUGAGCUUCGGGCCCACGUUCGAGGGCGUACAGGAGCUGGAGAGCGGCGAGGCCUUCCUGGAGGUGAUUGAGAAGGAACACCAGCUGGCCACGGUGGUGGUGCACAUCUAUGAGGACAGGGUGAAGGGCUGCGAAGCGCUCAAUAGCUGCUUCACCUGCCUGGCAGCGGAGUACCCCUCCGUCAAGUUCUGCAAGAUCAAGGCCUCCAGCACGGGCGCAGCCGACAGGUUCUCGGACGAUGUCCUGCCCACCAUACUGGUGUACAAAUCCGGCGAGCUUCUGGGAAAUUUCCUGUGUGCCACCCAGCACCUGAAUGAAGAAAUCUUUGCGGUCGAUGUGGAGGCAUUCCUUAACGAGUAUGGCCUGCUACCACAGAAGGAUUUUAACCCUGCAGGCGCUGAGGAGGAGGAGGCUGAUGUGGAAUGA